UAAUGAGAUAGCAGAUUGAAAGUAUGCCUGCCCAGCUAGAUCUUCUGUGGUUACUGAUUGGAGAACAUGGAAAACCCUUCAGAGGAGGUUAAGGCCAAGAAUGAACUAGGAAUCUACCUUUGCAAUUUGACCAUAGCAGAUUUGCUUUAUAUUUUUUCCCUGCCCUUUUGGCUGCAGUACGUUUUACAGCAUGAUAAUUGGACGUAUGAUGAACUCUUAUGCAAAAUCUGUGGCAUCCUCCUGUAUGAAAAUAUUUACAUCAGCGUGGCCUUCCUCUGCUGUAUUUCAAUUGACCGCUUUCUAGCUGUUGUAUAUCCUUUUCGCUUCCAUCAGUUUCGGACUAUGAAGGCUGCUACAGUGGUGAGCAUGGUUAUUUGGACCAAGGAAAUUCUGACUUGCUGGCUUGUUUUUACACACGGUGAAGUGAGCAAAGAUUCUGAGAGCCAUGUGGUGUGCUUUGAACAUUAUCCCAUUAAAACAUGGGAACACAACAUAAAUUUCUAUCGUUUCACUGCUGGUUUCUUCUUUCCAUUUUCACUGCUAUUUGUUUCUUAUUAUGGAAUCCUACGAGUUGUUCGCAAGAGUCAUGGCACUCAGAAAAAAAAGAAGAUUCAAAUUAAACGCUUGGUUUCGAGCACGAUUGCCAUUUUCAUGGUUUGCUUUGGACCGUAUCAUGUUCUGUUGUUGGUGCGCAGCCUUUUUGAGACAAGCUGUGAAUUUGCUGCCAGAAUUUUUAAUGUUUACCAUAUUUCGCUUUUGCUGACUACUUUUAAUUGUGUUGCAGAUCCAAUAUUGUAUUGCUUUUCCAGUGAGAACACUUAUCAGGAUUUUGUCAAACUUGGAAACACAUGUUUAAACUGUCUAAAAUGUAGGCAGACAGAAGCCAAAGAAUCCUACCCACUGAGUACUCCAGAAGCUGUCAAAAAAAUCAGAGGGCAGACUGUUGUAGACUCAGAGUUGUUGAGUGAAGUACAAGUUCUUCAUGAAAUGGAAGAAAGCUCAGCCAACACAUUUCCAAAAGGAAGAGGGAUGUAA